UGAAGGCUGGUAAUGUAAUAUGACAGUUUAUGGUAUUUUGUCGGUAAUUUGUCCGUGUAAAUCAAAAAUGCCUUGGUGCAUAAAUGCAAUUUGCUCAUAAAUUCUAUAAUAUUAUUUGCGUUCAAGCAAGACCGUAUCGACUAUUCGUAUAGCCUGUUCAGUGCUAAAAGAAAAGAAGAAAAUAAACGCAGGACACAAUAGCACCAGUAAACAUUUAUAACCAAGCUCAAGUUACUCGAGUUUCACCAUGACUCAUACAAUGUAUUAUCAUUGAUUCUUUUUAUAUUCCAUAUCUUUGCAUCGUGAUAAUACUUGAAAUCGUAGCGAAUUGCACUUUACGUGGAUACACACAAUAAAUAACAAAUGACGGUGAAAACAUGGAAAUAUAUCCUGAUAUUUAUCAUCAUAAAUUCUGUGGCAGCUGAGAGAAUAAAGGACAUGAUUUACAUGCCCUUGGAUGCUGUAGCUGCUUGCUUCCGAAGACACAAUGGCACACAUCAGUUUGGAUGUUCUUCCGGUAGAUCGGGAAGCGUGGGUGUUGUGCAUCUCGUUGAGGUGGACGACGAUAUCACUUGGCUAGAGAAAAACGCCACUGCUGGUCCAUAUGUUGUGGUUCUUUCGUUUGCGAUGUUCAAAAAGAAUACGCUCCUAAGACUGCGAGAUACAAAUAACAUAAACGGAGUGUUAUUGGCGAAGAAUAACAGUCAAGAGCUUCCGUCAGAGUAUUCGCCAGAAGAUACGUGUCCAAAUCGGUACUCCAGUUACAAGAAGUGCGACGACCUGAGACCAUGGAAUCCCUUCGGAUCUGCUUUACUCAUGGAAGACUGGCCAUUCCCUAUGUUUUACACAGAGAAUCAGACGGUGUUGCAAGCUAUAAAGUCUUGUUUCUCGGAACACAAUGCUCACGAUCUGGAGACGCAGUAUCAGAGAUCCCUGUGCGCAAUAGAAAUGAAGUCGUUCAUGUACGCCGCCAUUAAUUCGGAAUCUUGCAUAAAGCGCACCGACUUCAAGCUAAAUUUCAAUCCAACUCAGUUUUGCGAUCCGCUUGGAGACAGAAAUAUACACUGGCCAUUGAGGCCUCUCGAUAGGAAUAAUAAUACGGUGAUAAUGGUGACAGCACGAUUGGAUGCGUCAUCGUUAUUCGAUGGGAUAUCGCCCGGCGCGGAAAAUACCAUAACAGGAUUGGUUACGCUGCUUGCUACUGCGUAUUACUUGAACCUUUUGGAUAUCACCGUCGACAAGACGAAUGUUGUGUUUUCCCUGCUGAACGGAGAGGCAUUUGAUUACAUAGGAUCCAGUCGCAUGAUCUACGACAUGAAGCAGAACAAUUUUAACGCUCUCGGUGGGGUUAAUCUGAAGUUGGAUGAUAUCAAGAGCGUGAUCGAGUUCGGCCAGUUGGGCAAAGGGAGAAUAGUUCUCCAUAGCAGCAGUAAAGAUGAUACCACCGAUCGUUUGGCUAAAGUGUUGAAUGCAUCGAUUCUUGUUGAUAGUGUACCACCUACGUCUGUGCAAAGUUUUCUGGAGGCGAGGCCCAGUCUAACGACUGUUGUUAUAACCAAUCAUGAAAAAAGGUUUAAAAAUCGAUACUACAACAGUAUCUUGGACGACGGGGAAAAUAUUGGUUUUAAUAGGAAUGAUAGCAACGCGCUCGCGUCGGAGUUAGCGAAGAUCGCUGUUCAGGUCGCUAACGAGCUCUAUCGCGAGGUGACGGGCGAGUCGGCGCCGCAGUCCGCCGAUCUACCGAUACCGCUGGAGGAUCUCGUCGCAGAAAUGUUGUACUGCUACGUCCAAAGUGCUAAGUGCACCCUGUUUCACGCGGCUUCGGCACCCGGCGCUAAAUUGAUCAAUCAGAUCUUGCCGCUGUACGUCGGUGUGCACAGAGCGCCCAAUGCCGCGACGACGCUAACGGGGCAGCUUCUGGCCCUGCUGACCGGCGAGAAACUCAGCGACAUGAAUGAAACGACCUGUCACGAAAACCGCCUCGCAUGGAUGGGUGGAUACAAUUAUACAGGAAUAUGCAUAAACUCAACCGUCAAUUACAGUACAGCUGUGAGUCCGGCAUUUAUCAUCGACGGAUAUAAUAUGAAGUCUGGCGAGUACUCUACGUGGACGGAGUCCAUAUGGCAAACGUUGAGCGUCAGAAUGUUUCUUAAACCAUCGGCGGCGACAGAACGUUUCAGCAUGAUCCUGGGUAGUCUGGUUGCCGGCACCUCAAUCGUGCUGGUGUGGUUUAUCAAUACCCGAGCUGACGUAUUAUUCAACUCGAGGAGAACCGUCGAUUGCUAGGGACACGCCGCGGACCACAUAUCAAUGACCAGGUUGGAUCAUCGUCGCGAAGAUCGGGAUGUUCCAAUAACUAGCCUUUAACUGUAUGUGUGGUGCGCCCUCGGACGAUCUAUUUAAUUCAGAAUAUUCAAAUAUUGUUACGCGCGUGUCAUUGUCAUUGCGAUUACGUUAUUUAUCGUUAUUUAUCGUUCCUCAUACAUUGCGUUCAAUUGUGAAAAUAAACCGAUACGUUUUUAAUAUCUCAAGCCCGUUUUUUUAGACUAUGUAAUAUAUUGCGCAAGAUUUGAGAUUUGCAUAGUCUAAAACGGGCUUUAGUGUAAAUAUAUCUCUUCUUUGCAUUUCUCCAAAUUAUUAAAACUAUGUAUACAGCUAUUUGUAAUGUAAAUAUAAAAAAAGAUGUUGAACAACAAAACACUCGAUCAUUUUAACAGCAUUUCACGUAUACGUGGGCGCGCGCGCGCUCGUGUUGUGUACGUGUUAGUAUACAGGGAAAUGUAAUGUAAUACAUCACAUUAUACCCUGUAUAUUUCCUUGUGUGAUGCGUGUGCGUGUGUGGCGCGCACAUGUGUACAUAUACAUACAUACACAUGUAUGCGCACGUACGAGAUUAUUGAAGAACGAAUUUUAAUAAUGAUAUAAAUUUGUUAGUAUAACAUUAAAUAUGCAAAUCGUUUAAAUCUGUAAUGUGUAAAACUGCAUUGUUUUUUACUUCUCUAGCCGCGUUUAAGUUUAUCUAGAUCUAGAAACAAUUAAAAACUUUAUAAAUGGUAAUUAAAAUUUAAGCUCCAUCUUUUGCUGAUAGUUUUAAGUUUACAUAAUACACGUAUAAUGUAUUGCUCUUCAUUAAAGCGUGGGACGAUUGUAGGAAUAUAUGUAUAAACGCAGAAUUAAUAAAUAGUAUUU